UAGGGUUUAAGGCUCUGGUAGUGGUUGCCGAAGGAUUUUGGGGUUUCUAAAACUGAAACAGUGUCUGGGUUUUCGCCAUUUUUCACGUCGCAUCUUCACCAUGUGGGCGCUACGCCGACUUCCUAAGCCGCUCAAGGAUACAAGGAUCAGCAUUGGAGCUUCUUAUGAUGCUUCUGCUCAAUUACAAACUUCAAGGCACUUCAUUGAAGAAACUGCUACUACUUUGGGUUCUUGUCAAACAAUAUCUGAUAAAGGUCUAUCAUUAUUGAGAUUUUACCUCUCAAAACAUGCUUCCUCUGAUUUCCCUAUUCGUAGUUGUGGUCUUUCUUCCCAAGCUGGUGCUGAAAGCAGUGGAGAGGAAGAUGACUUGGAAGAUGGUUUUUCUGAACUUGAAACACCUGCUAAUGCCGAGACCAAAGGAGAUCAUAAUUUUAAGGAUGAAACUGAAGAUGGAUUGGAUUCUGAUGAAGAGUUAUCUGGUGAUGUUGAAGAAACUACUUCAAAUGAACUGGAAUUGUUUGAGGCUGUAACGGAUGUCCAUGAUAAGAAGGCAUCUUCAAGGAGAACUACCUCAGAACUAUUCAAAGCUAUUAUCUCUACUACAGGUAUUUCGAUUUUUAAGGUUCUUGAUAAGUGGGUUGAGGAAGGAAAAAGUAUUAGCAGAGAUGAGGUUUCAGCAGCAAAUUUCAAUCUUCGCAAGCGCCGAAUGUAUGGGAGGGCGUUGCAGCUCUUUGAGUGGUUGGAGAUGAAGAAGCAGCUUGAUUUUGUUGGGAGAGAUUAUGCUUCUCGAGUUGAUUUGAUUGCCAAAGUACAAGGUCUCCAGAAGGCAGAAGACUACAUUCAGACUAUCCCAAAAUCUUUCAGAGGAGAGGUAAUCUACAGAACUCUGUUGGCUAACUGUGUUAUUUCCAACAAUUUGAAGAAAGCAGAGUCGGUCUUUAACAAAAUGAGGGACUUAGAAUUCCCAAUUACAACAUUUGCUUGCAACCAGCUGUUACUCCUCUAUAAGAAGCACGACAAGAAAAAAAUAGCUGAUGUGCUGUUGUUAAUGGAGAAAGAAGAUAUCAAACCUUCACCCUUUACUUAUAGAAUCUUAAUUGACGCGAAAGGUUUAUGUAAUGACAUAGCCGGGAUGGAUCAAAUUGUUGAGACAAUGAAGGCUGAAGGUUUUGAACCAGACAUCAUUACACAAUCCAUCCUGGCUAAGCACUAUGCCUCAGCAGGCUUUACGGAAAAAGCUGAGGAAGUUUUGAAGGCGUUGGAAGGGGACGACAUAAAACAGAAUCGUUGGGGUUGCAAGUUUUUACUUCCUCUAUAUGCUGAACUUGGAAAGGCUGAUGAAGUGGAAAGAAUUUGGAAGGUCUGUGAAUCAAAACCCCGCUUUGAAGAGUAUCUGGCUGCCGUUGAAGCUUGGGGAAAGUUGGGUCAAGUUGAAAAAUCAGAGGCAGUUUUUGACAGGCUGUUAGAGACAUCAAAAAAGCUUCCCGCUAAGCAUUAUACCAAGAUGUUGAAGGUAUACUCAGACCAUAAGAUGCUGCAAAAAGGGAAAGAUCUUGUUAAACGAAUGGCUGAUAGUGGGUGCCAGAUCGGUCCAUUGACUUGGGAUGCACUCGUGAAGCUUUAUGUGGAAGCAGGGGAAGUGGAAAAGGCCGACACGAUCCUGCAAAAGGCAUGCCAGUCGAAGGAAGCUAAGCCCAUGUAUACUUCUUUUAUGGCUGUGAUGGAGCAGUAUGCUAAGAGGGGUGAUGUCCAUAAUACAGAAAAAAUGUUCCAUAGAAUGAGACAGGCUGGAUACGUUGCUCGACUUCGACAGUUCCAAACUCUAGUCGAAGCAUAUAGAAAUGCCAAAGCUCCAGCUUAUGGAAUCAGGGAGAGAAUGGUUGCAGAUAACAUCUUCCCCAACAAGUCUUUAGCUGCACAAUUGGCUAAAGUUGAUGUGUUCCGAAGAACUUCAGUGUCUGAUUUGCUCGAGUAAGGAUUUUGACGUCUACUAAAGGUAAUGGCAACCUCUAUUUUCUAUGCACAGUUAUCUGUUUCAUGUGAUCAAAUGUUGGUUGUUUACUUCUAGACAUUCUAUGUUCGGUUUAAGAAAUGUUCUGUCAUUG